UUGUCUUGUGCGGAUCGACAUGGCACAGUUGGUCGGUUCUCUCCAAAAAGAGCUCGCCGACUCACUCUCCACUUGCCGGGUGCUGGUGGUUGGAGCCGGAGGAAUCGGUUGCGAGCUGCUGAAAAAUCUGGUUCUCACGGGCUUCAAGAAUAUCGAAGUGAUCGACUUGGAUACAAUUGACGUCAGCAACCUUAACCGCCAGUUCCUCUUUCAAAAGAAGCAUGUCGGAAAGUCUAAAGCACAGGUGGCCAAAGAAAGUGUUCUGCAAUUCUGUCCUACAGCAAACAUCAAAGCCUACCAUGACAGCAUCAUGAACCCUGAUUAUAAUGUGGAGUUCUUCAGAAACUUCAUACUGGUGAUGAAUGCACUGGAUAACAGAGCUGCCCGUAACCAUGUGAACAGGAUGUGUUUGGCUGCGGAUAUACCUCUGAUAGAGAGUGGUACUGCCGGAUAUCUGGGACAAGUCACUCUAAUCAAGAAGGGCCUAACAGAAUGCUACGAGUGCCAGCCCAAACCUACCCAGAAGACCUUCCCCGGGUGCACCAUCAGGAACACACCUUCUGAGCCCAUCCACUGCAUUGUCUGGGCCAAGUAUCUCUUCAAUCAACUGUUUGGAGAGGAAGAUGCAGACCAGGAAGUGUCACCUGACACGGCAGACCCAGAGGCUGCAUGGAAACCUGAAGAAAUGGCUGCAUAUACGACAGCCUCAGAAAAGGAUGGGGACAUCAAGCGUGUCUCCACUAAGGAAUGGGCACGCUCUACAGGAUAUGACCCCAUAAAACUCUUCAACAAGCUUUUCAAAGAUGACAUCAUGUAUCUGCUGACCAUGGACAAGCUGUGGAAGAAGAGGAAAGCUCCAUUGCCCCUGGACUGGAAGCAGCUAGAAAACUGUGCCUGUCCUAAGGAGGAGUCCACAGGGCUGGGUCUCAAAGACCAGCAGGUGCUUGGUGUUUGGGGCUGCUGCCAGCUGUUCCAACACAGUGUAGAGACACUCCGAUCACAGCUGCAAGAGAAGGGAGUAGGGGCAGAGCUGGUCUGGGAUAAGGAUGACCCUCCAGCCAUGGACUUUGUGACGGCGGCAGCCAAUCUGCGCAUGCAUAUCUUCAGCAUGAACAUGAAAAGUCGCUUUGACGUCAAGUCCAUGGCUGGUAACAUAAUUCCAGCCAUUGCUACAACCAACGCCGUCAUAGCGGGACUCAUUGUGCUGGAGGCGCUCAAAGUCCUUUCUGGGGAACUGGAGUCCUGUCGCACGGUCUUUCUGAACAAGUGUCCAAACCUCAGGAAGAAGCUGCUGGUCCCGUGUGUUCUGGACCCUCCCCGUGUCAGUUGUUAUGUCUGUGCCGGCAAGCCUGAGGUCACUGUCAAACUCAAUGUCCACAAAACCAUGGUCCUCUCUCUGCAGGAAAGGAUUCUGAAGGAGAAAUUUGGCAUGGUGGCCCCAGAUGUUCAGAUAGAAGACGGAAAAGGAUCCAUCCUAAUCUCCUCAGAGGAGGGAGAGACAGAAGCUAACAACAAUAAAUUCCUCUCUGACUUUGGGAUCUGUAAUGGUAGCCGUCUUCAAGCUGACGACUUCCUCCAAGACUACACACUCCUCAUCAAUGUCCUUCACACGGAGGACUUGGAAAAGGAUGUGGAGUUUGAAGUGGUUGGUGAUGCCCCAGAGAAACCUCCAUCGCCUGCCAGUAAUGAAGAGACUAACAGCAUUGCCAAUGGGAACAAGGACUCCGACCAGCCUUCCACCUCCUCUAAAGCUUCAGCAGAGGCGUAUGAAAUUAUGAUUAUUGACUUGAAUGAAAAGGAAACGGCGUCAUCCUCCAGCUCUGCUGCUCCUGUAUUAACCAGCGGCUCCAAGAGGAAGCAACAGAAUGCAGAAACUGACGAGGUGUCCGCCAAGCGCCCGCGAAAUGACCAUCCAAGCGCAGGUUCUCCUGUUGAUGAUGAAGAUGAUGAAGAGGAAAUAAUUGCUCUGGACUAGUCCCUCCCAGUGGUUCUAUCUGAGAGACAAGAACUAUUUUUUUGAUAUAUUUGACAUUUUGACUCAAAAGACAGUUUGCUAAGGAAGUAAAAAUAAAAAAAAAAGAGAGAGGGGGGGAAAAAAACCUCCCGAAGAACACGUUGAGUCCUAAUCCGUCUUUCGCUGUUUCUCUACGAUGUGUUUGUGCUUUCAUACUCCCAUAGCUCCUGAUACGGUGCUGUAAAUAGAAUUUGUAUGUACAAAAAACGGCUAGAAAAAGUGCCGGUGUUUUUUUUUUUUCUUGUAUCUUUUUGGAAAAAUUUUGGCCUGGCUUUGCUUCACUGCUCAUUUAUAUAUAUAUAUAUAUAUAUAUAUAUAUAUAUAUAUAUAUAAAAUAUUGGCCUACUGUAUUUCUCAUGUAACACAAGUCAGGGUGUUUUCUGUUCCCAUGCAACACAAGUCAGGGUGUUUUCUGUUCCAAGUUGUUAGGUUACAGAAGAAGACGAAUAAAAAACCA